AUGAUAGAAGGAACAAUGGAUAAUUCUUAUAAACGACAGUCAUUAUCCUCGUCUUCAGCAGCCUACAUGAAAGAAUUUCAACAAAAAUUUGAUAAUCUUACUUCUCGAAUAACCAAAGGUCAUAAACAAUGUGAACAUAUUGAAAUGCGUGCUUGUUUAGCAGAAAAACGUUUAUGUAAUUUAAAUUAUUCUGUACAAAAAUUAUCAAGAUUGAUUGAAGUUAGUUAUUUAUGUAUUGACUAUCCGGAUGAAAAACAAGCGUGGAUUCAAGCAGUAAAUGAUCUAAUUGAUCCUAUUUAUUCAUUAGAAUUAUUAACACAACAUUCUCUAACAAAUCUUACGGAAAAGGAUAAUAAUAAAGAUGAACAUCUUAUUGAAGAAAAUUUAUUUGAUAAUUUAAAAACAUCAUCGUCAUUACGUAAUAAUCCAGUAUUGAUAAAAUUUUGUAAACGACUUGAUUCGCAUUUGAAACGAACACUCGAAAGUGAACGAGAAAAAUUAGAAUAUAUCUAUGCUAUCUGGUUGUUAGCAUUUACUACAACAUCAACAUCCAAACAGCAUUAA